AUGGCUCAAAACAAGAUUCUCUAUUCUGCAAAGCUCGACGAGAACAUGCAAAGAUCAGCCUACUUCAAAACAAACAAGAGAACUGUCAAAUCAAACAUCAUGCUUAAGUUUGUGACAAAAGCGAUGGAUAUCAAGCUUCGAGGUGAAGCCGAUUUCACGACUGCUCUUGAAGAUCCAAUCGAACUCUUGAAACGUAUUGAACGAUUCAUGAAGAAGAGUGCUGAUGGCUGA